CGCGAUAUUUGGUGUAGCUGAAAAUCCUAGGAGCAGAGCAGGGAACUUGACAUGUCAACAGAUAAAUUAUCACCACACAGGCAUGUAAGGGUGUGGUGGUGUGGAAUAGCCUGACAGGUAACGUCACCUGGACCUAGAUCCUCCACCAGGAUCUUCACCUGCUCUAUGACAACCCCUCCGCUAGUGUCGCCUUUUGGCGGGCAACCUCCUCCACCACCGCAGCAGCAGCAGGCCCAGGCUGCACGUGAUGUCAACACGGCCUCGCUAUGUCGCAUUGGGCAGGAGACAGUCCAAGACAUUGUCCUAAGGACCAUGGAGAUCUUCCAGCUCCUCAGGAACAUGCAGCUGCCUAAUGGAGUCACUUAUCAACCCAACACCCACCAGGACCGGCUGGGGAAGCUCCAGGAGCAUCUCCGGAUGCUCUCUGUGCUGUUCCGCAAGCUGCGCCUCGUCUACGACAAAUGCAAUGAAAACUGUGCCGGGAUGGAAUCAAUUCCCCCAGAGCAACUGAUACCCUUUGUGGAGGAUGACAACUCCAAACAUGAGGAUCGCUCAGCCAGCCAGAACCGCCCCGCCACCGAGGAGAGGAGAGAAAUCCUGGAGGUCAACAAGAAGCUGAAACAGAAGAACCAGCAGCUGAAGCAGAUCAUGGACCAACUGCGUAACCUCAUCUGGGAGAUCAACUCCAUGCUGGCAGUCAGGAGCUGAGCCACACACACACACACACACACACACACACACACACACACACACACACACACACACACACACACACACACACACACACACACACACACACACACACACACACACACACACACACACACACACAUAUACUACACCUAAUGGACGGAGAGGUCUGGUUGUUUACUGGAUGUGCGACAGGGCACCAAAUGCUGGCUGAGGCGGCACUUUUACCGAAGAAAUUGGGACUUUGGCAAUAUCAACCUGAAGAAAACCUGUAACAAUGGAAGGAGAAAUUAGAUCGAGACACAUGAAGACUGGGAGUAAAGUGACAUCAGUGUGGACGACGGCAGAAGAUAUUCUGUCUACCUCGACAUUUUAAUCAACAAAAGGAUUUCAUAAUCUGAAGAGUUAUUAUAUUAUGUUUUAUCUAUUUGUAGGUACUAGCUCGGUAGAAGGUUUAUGCCUGUAGAAACACAUUGAUAUAUUCUGUUUCAUCUUUUAUCGUAGUUUUAGCCCUACAUUUGAAACAAAUGAUUUUAUAUGGCCCCUAAAACCUUUAAAAAGAAGGAGAAACACUGUGGCAAAAUAAGGAGUCUUAUUCAUACUUUAAUGAUCUGAUUUUUUUCAUUUGAUAUGAGUGGAUGUUAUAUGUAAACUCGUCUAUGGCCUGCUCUGAUUGGACUUGACAUGUCAAUACGAUGCCUUGUUAAGGAUUCUGCUGAACUAUAAAUCUUCCUCUGAUUUUUAAAAAACUCAGUUCUGUUUGUGAUUUUUGUUCCCUGAUGUAUCUGACGUCUGUCGCUCCUGUAUUCCUCCAGCAUCUCAGAGCCACUCCUAGGAAUUGUGCUUAAAGGUAAUUUAUCAUAUUAUUAUCAAUGUACCGAGCGUUAAGAGUCUUUUUUUUGCUCAAUGAUGGACAAAUAAUGUUCCGAAAUUACCCUAAACCAAGUCUGUAAUGCAUUUCCUUUACACUUUCAGCACAUCCCUCACUACUAACACACUAAAAUACUGUUUGUCUUACAGUAUGUGGCACACCUUUUUUUAUUUCUAGUGUGUGAAUUGAAUUUACAAAUGUAUUUUAAGACAGUUUUUAGCUUCAAUGUCAUGUGACUCUAUAUCCAUACACAUUACUAUAACUGCCUUGAGCACAUAAGACCAACCAGCUUUAUUGGAUAUUAUUCACCCUUCUGUCUUAUAUGACUAUUUCUGUAAAAACAGGUUUUUCAUAAUAGUUUACAUGUCAUGUGACCCGUUGACUCCCAAUCCUAGUCUGAUAUUAUAACUACACUGGACACAUAAGACAUGGCUCUUUUAAUUGGAUUUGAGAAACCUCUUUUCAUAUGACACGUUUUAAGUAUUUGUUUGAAGAUUUAGCAGAUUUCAAUUAAAGUCUUUCAUGUUUUUCAUUACCAAUGCAGCAUUGUAGUACUACACUGGACAAAUAGGACCAAAUAUCUUUUUAUUGCAUUUUAGUGCUUCUUAAAAAAAACUUAUGUCUCAAUAGUCAUAUGAACGAUACUCAAAUCAAAUUGAUAUAUUGCUAAAAUCUAAUAAAAAAAGGUGAAGUAAAAAAAUGCCGCAUUAAUUUUGAGUCACAAGGUCACAUGACAGGGACGCUAUUGAAAAAGAAUUCCCCAUUUAUAGCUGAGAAACGUCAGACUGAGUAAGUAAGGGUAGGACGGAGAAGAAUUCCCAAAAGACAUCAUUCAAUCCAAGCAACAUGAGCGAAAAUCUGAGUCGCGUGCACACACACAAACACACAGUCACAUGUCACUGCCAUCAGGUCACAGAUGAAUAUGGGUGUCUGAUACGGGUGCGUUUAAUAAUUCAGGGCAAAGCCGCGGUCCCAUCUAAGAUGUUAUGAGGCUAUCGUCCUCAGGGAGACACAGAAGGACAGAUUUGGAGCUGUGAGAAGACUUUCAGAGGAGUAAAGAAAAAUCAAUGGUCUGAGUUGUGACUAAUAAACCCCCCCCAGAGGUCUAAUACAGGGUGGUUAUAAUAUCUGUGAGGGCAGCGCAGCAUUAUGACUGUACUAAUGGAGUGUGUUCUCACUGAGCCGAGGCACAGGUCAGGGGCUGAGUAACUUGCCCAUGCAGACUGUCAGAAAUGAUGAAGCAAAUCAAACGUACGGGGGGGGUCACACCCUGCUUUAUACAGCAAGAUAUUGUGUCAGCAGAUCCUCUACAGUGUCAUAUUCAGACAUUGUCACGCACAAUUUUUUCGUAUAUAUUUGACAUACAGACUAUGUUGUGUUGUUAUAAAAUGUUUGAUAAAAUAAAAUGGCGCUUUUUGCGAUGAUAUGGCAUAAUAUAAAUGCCUAUGCCUAUUUUUUUGACACUUUUGACAUAUCAUGCUAUGUUAUUUUUCAUAUUCCUGACAUACUAUAAUAUGUCAUUUUUGGGGUUAUUUCUGAAAUACUAUACUAUGUCACUUUCUAAUAUUUUCAACAUACU